CAGUCCUCCACUAGAUUCUCCAGUCGCGAGUCGACAGGGUCGACAGUUGGCCGUGCAACAAUCGACGGCCGCUGAUAUCGCGUCGCGUCAAACUUUACUCGUGGCAUUCUUGAAAUAAAAAAAAUAAUUUUCCAAAUCGGUUUACAACUAAUGGAGUUAUGAAUUAACAAAAAAAAAAAGAAAAAUACCGAAUACAGUUACCUACUGUCGACAUUUGUUAAAUUAAAUUGAACUGAACACUUUAUAAAAAUAUGUGAUAGAUUAAAAAUAGUACUAAUUCUUUGUACUGUGGUAAUUAUCUAGUGUGUUGUGAUACGGUAACGUCAUCUAUGCAGUCCGGAGUGAAGUAAUGGUGAUAAAUUUUGUUUACGAGUAAAAUGUACAGUUUCGAUAAAGACAUUUGGCAUGUGAGGCGGACGUCGGAGGCCCAGGAGGAUGCACCCGUUACUAGGACACGCAGCGAGAGCCCCACGAGCGCGGUGGGAGCGGAGGCCCCGCGCGAGCUGCCCAACGAGCUGUCAGCCCCGUAUGAGGUGCCCCAGUUCCCCAUCGAGCAAAUCGAGAAGAAACUCCUCAUACAGAGGCAGCUCAAUGUCAAGGCAGCAGAAUGCGGACAGUCAGCCCGUUCAUUCGCAGGCAGCGAGGCAGGUGGCGCCGCGGCCGUGUUCGAGGAGGCAGCCCGGCUCAGGGUACUUGAUGAGGACGAGCAGGACGUCGUGUUGCCGCACUUCCAGAGGGUCGCUAUCAGCGGGGAGGACACCUCGGGUGUACCACUAGAAGACUUGCAGCAGGCUUCAUCGUACCUGGUGCAAGCUCUAGAGAUACGCAAGAAGUACAUGGAAAUGUCACAGCAAAGUUUUUCCACCAUAACGGCGCGGUUUGUGCGCAGCAUGGACGCCGAGGCAAUGGCCAACCACGUGCCAAGUGCUAAACUGCCCAGAAGUCAUAUUGCUGACAACAUAGUUCAUCCGCCAUUCCACAAAGAUAAAGACCCAUGGGAAUGUCCAAUGCCAGAGCCAAAAGGCUACAUCAUCAAGUCAGAUCGAGGUGUGUUCAAUCUGUACCAGAAGGGCGAGGACGGGCAGGAGACAAGAGUGCCCUACGAGUACAUUCACCUCUCCCAGUACAUCCAGGAUAAAAACACUAUGUGCAGCAUGAUAGCUGAUGGUCCACUCAAGUCGUUCUGCUACCGGCGGCUGAGCUACCUCUCCUCCAAGUUCCAGCUGCAUGUUCUGCUCAACGAGCUCCGGGAGUUGGCCUCGCAGAAGGCGGUGCCACACAGGGACUUCUAUAACAUCAGGAAAGUUGACACACACAUUCACGCGGCAUCUUGUAUGAAUCAGAAACAUUUGCUGCGUUUCAUAAAGAAGACCUUAAAGACUCAUGCUGAUGAGGUGGUGACUCUUCACAAGGGUACACCGAUGACCCUGAAGGCGGUGUUCCAGUCGAUGAACCUCAGCACAUAUGAUCUCACAGUCGACAUGUUGGAUGUCCAUGCGGACCGAAACACGUUCCACCGGUUCGAUAAAUUCAAUGCCAAAUACAAUCCAAUCGGCGAGAGCAGACUGCGCGAGGUGUUCCUCAAGACUGACAAUUACAUGAACGGGAAAUACUUCGCCAGGAUUAUCAAAGAAGUGGCAUCAGAUCUGGAAGAGAGCAAGUACCAGAACGCGGAGCUGCGUCUGUCCAUCUACGGCAAGAGCGCGGACGAGUGGGCCAAGCUGGCCAAGUGGGCCAUCCAGUAUAAUGUGUACUCAGACAACGUGCGCUGGCUCAUACAGAUCCCCAGGCUAUACGACAUCUUCAAAUCGAACAACAUAAUGAACAACUUCCAAGAGUUCCUGAGCAACAUCUUCCAGCCACUGUUCGAGGUCACCAACGACCCCAACAGCAAUAUUGAACUGCACAAGUUCCUAACACACGUGGUCGGGUUCGACAGCGUGGACGACGAGAGCAAGCCGGAGAACCCGAUGUUGGACGCGGACGUGCGGCCGCCCGCGCAGUGGGACUACGACGAGAAUCCGCCCUACGCGUACUACCUCUACUACAUGUACGCCAACAUCACCGUGCUCAAUCAUUUCCGCAAGGAACAAGGGCUGAACACGUUCGUGCUGCGACCUCACUGUGGGGAGGCGGGGCCCGUGCAGCAUCUCGUCUGCGGGUUCAUGCUCGCCGAGAACAUUUCUCACGGCCUGCUCCUCAGGAAGGUGCCAGUACUCCAAUACUUGUACUACCUGGCUCAGAUCUACAUAGCGAUGUCGCCGCUCAGCAACAACUCCCUAUUCCUCAACUACCACCGGAACCCGUUGCCCGAGUUCCUCGCCAGGGGGCUCUGCAUCACGCUUAGCACAGACGACCCGUUGCAAUUCCACUUUACUAAGGAACCGUUAAUGGAGGAGUACAGUAUCGCGGCUCAAGUGUGGAAGCUCAGCUCAUGUGAUAUGUGCGAGCUGGCGCGCAAUUCUGUGCUCAUGUCAGGAUUCCCGCACGAGAUGAAGCAAUAUUGGCUUGGGCCAAACUACGUGAAGGAAGGUGUGGCCGGUAACGAUAUCACGCGAACUAACGUGCCCGACAUACGUAUCUCAUUCAGAUACGAGGCUCUGCUCGAUGAACUAACCAACAUAUUCAAGGCUCGACACGCGCCCGCUGUGACGCCGACGCCAGCGUCGCAGACUCCGCCUCCGCCCAACUUCUCCGCGCCCAUCGUCAGCUUGAAACGCCCUUCCCUUGUGUGACCUUAGAUUAAGUAUAUAUGUAUUACUUAGAUAUUAUAAUCACAGGAUUUACAUUAAAUAUUAGUAAUAUAAUAUAAAAUUUUCAAAGGAAUAUAUAUCGACACUGGAAAGGUGUACAAAUUGCAUUAAUUGUCACUUUAUAUUGAGUUUUUAAAUAAAUUGAGAGAAAGAGAGAGACGAUAUUGAGAAAUUAAUAGAUACAUUUUAUUUCUGCGUCAAAUACAAUAUUUAAUAUAUUAAUCAAUGCAAGCUAGUGGCGAUAUAGUCGAGUCACAAAAUUAUCUUAUUACAGAAAUUUUUUAAUUUACACUCCACAACUUGGUUGUUAUUUAUUUUUAAACGACUUCAAAAAGAAGGACGUACUCAAUUUAAUAUAUUUUGUUUUUAUAUUUAUCACCUCAUAACUCCGUUAACUCUAAACCGAUUUGGAUUUUUUUAUCUGCAAUUAUAUACUUAUUGGGUCUUAAAUUUUAUAAAAAUCGGUUCAGUAAUUAUUAAAAUAAAAAAAUUACUUUAUUACAAUUGAAGUGUUUUUUUUUGUAGGACACAAUCUUUGAUUAUUUAUUUAUAUAAAAUAUGUCAACAAUAAUAAAAUUUAUUUUUUUCACUGUAUUAUAUAUUUACUAUGAGUAAGUAUUAUUUAUCACUUAUUAUAUAUUAUCCACAAACGAUAUACAAACAAUUUAAAUUAAUAAAGGUUAUAGUACAAAUUACACCAAAGAUCUGGAGCUAACAUAACUACAUAUAGUAAAUUACCCAAAAAGCAUUAGGUAUUUUCCUUUUUUAUACUGUCUAUUAACAUAUUAUAAGAAUAAUAUGUUUUUACCUCGGCUUGAUUAUUAAAAAUAUGAAUUUUAUUACUUCUGUAAUACCAUUACAUUCUAUAUUUCUAUUUCUCUUUGAUUUUUUAACCUGAAUUUAUUUGUUUUGUAUAAAAGAGUAUUUAUUCUAUUCAAAUUUGUUCGUUUGAAUCGAAGCAUUUGGCGUUCCAUUGUUUCUGCCUACCCUAAUGGGAGACAGGCGUGACAGAUAUGUAUGUAUGUAUGUAAAUUUGUUCGUUCAUAUUUAGAAACGUUUAUAUAUCUACAUUAAAAUUAUCUGUUCUUCUUAUCAUUAUAUGAUUAUAUAAUUUUUUCAUGUUUUAUGUUUAAAAGCAAGUCAAGAUAUAUUUUGUUUUUGGUAAUUGUUUAAUUUUUAAAAAUUGAAGUGAAAUUAUAUUAUAUUAUUGUUUAAACAAC